CCUGCUGCUGCUCGCCCUGCUGCUGCUGGGCCUGCUGCUGGACCACCACCUCAGCGAUCUCCGGCGCCUCAUUGUCGACCUCAGGCCGCUCGUCGUCCUCUGCAAUCCAUCAGUGGGCGUACACACAGAACAGACAUCCGUUGACUUGACAUGUGUGUGUCUUCAUGCCCAUGCGGUGAAUACGUACCUGCCUCCAGCUCGGCUCUGUCCUCAUCAGGUCGCUGCUGCUCGUCUGAAUCACCCAAGGCAACAAUGGCAAGGCCUUUAUCGUUACCCUCUCAGACAUCAACGCACUCUUACCGUCGCCGUGGUAACCCAGGAACCAUUCCGGGUGACUGUGCACGGGGUGGGCGUGUUGCGGGAGCUCUGCAAUCCAGAAGUCUGCAUCAAUCGGUACACACAGCCCAACACACAAGGGUGUGUGUGUGCACAGUGAUGCGUCGCCCUCACACACAUACCCUCGUGGUCAUCCGAGGCCUCCUCAUCGAUGCCCUCCCGCUCGGUCCGCUCCACGGCUGCAGCACCACAUACACAGUGAGCACGUCCAUCUCUCAGGGUUUAGGCCACACUGAUCGAUUCCUCCUACCAGCGCGUUGCUCGGCCUCUUUGACGAAACGGCACGCAACACAUGCCAU